UCAAGAAACGUUAUGGGGCACUUGGACAAGUGCUUCAUUAUUCUGUUGAACGAAGUAGUGGUAGUGCCUUGGGUAUAUCACUAGCUGGUCAUCGAGAUAGGACUAAGAUGGCAUGUUUUAUUGCUGGAAUUAAUCCCAAAGGUUCUGCAUCCGCUGUUCCAUUCGCGAUUGGAGAUGAAAUUCUAGAGGUGAAUGGAUUAGUUCUUCAUGGGCGGUCGCAUCUAAAUGUUCCUACAAUAAUCAAAGGUCUUGUAGGCUCAUCAGUUAAGUUUAUUGUUUUGAGACGAUCAAGCGCUACGGAGGAUUUAGCCGUCAAGCCAGUAACUCAAUUUCCAGUGUGCAUAGAUGAGGAGGAAGAGCUGUUUUCUGCUUAUAAGAACGUCCGGGUGGUUUCAAUCAAAAAGGGAUCUUCUGGAUUGGGUAUCAUGAUUAUUGAAGGAAAACACGCAGAAGUUGGUCAAGGUAUAUUCAUCUCAGAUAUCCAGGAAGGAUCAAUGGCAGAUAAAGCAGGGUUGAAUAUUGGAGAAAUGAUAUUAUCUGUUAACAAGGAUUCUUUAAUCGGCUGUACUUAUGAAACAGCAGCUUCUCUACUAAAAAAAACAGAAGGAGUGGUUUCUUUGAAGAUAUGUAAUCCUAGUAAAACUAAUGAUACCGAUGCCUAUGCCAAUAAUUUGGAUCCUAAUGUGCCCAACACUGUGUCGGGUAAAAAAUCUCCAGUUCCAACUACUGAUGUAAAAAUACCAAGUAGACCAGUUACGCCAAAACCUCAAGCAUCGCCUGCAAAAGAAGUUGUUGAUCCAUCGAAAGCUGAAAUCGCAACAAAUGAAAACACUACUAUUGAAAUCAAUACUGAAAAAAAUCCAUCAGGAAUAUGCGUCAUUGGUGGAUGCGAUUCUCUAGUUAAUACGGGAGCUGUGAUAAUUGAUAUUUUACCCAACAGUGUCGCAUGUAAAGAUAAGCGACUUCAGGUUUUUGAUCAAAUAUUGGAGAUAAACGGUACAAAAAUUUCACUUGAUCUUAGUGCGAAGCAAAUACAAAAGGCUGUGAAGCAGUUGCUACCAAAAGUGCGGCUUGUAGUGUUUCGACCGAACACAGCGGAAACUGAAAAAGUAGAAAUUGAAUUACUCAAAAAAGCUGGAAAACUACUUGGUGUAGGAUUUCGAACAAAUCAUCCAAAUGGAAUAGUAGUUACUGAUAUGCUACCAGGAGGAAUAGCGGAAUCUGACGGAAGAAUACAGAAGGGAGAUAUCAUAAGUAAUUUAAAUUCAGAAAGCAUAAGCAAUAUGUCAUUUGAGGAUUGUUCAGUUCUCAUGAAGACAACUCAAGGAAAAAUCACUUUCACUAUAGUAAGACCAAAGCCAAAAACACGUUUAUUGUAGAUAAAGAUAGAAAGUAUUUUGUUUACCUAUGCAGAAUUUUAAAAUAUAACAAAAUAUGAAGUAUAUCAGCAUGUAUAUUUUGAGUUUUUAUGUAAUGCUUUACGUAAAUAUGUAUGUAGAAGUUUAAUUGUAAGAAUGUUAUACUACGUUUUAUUUUGAUUGGAAGGUGAAAUCAAUCA